AUAGUGUUUGGAUCCGGGAGCGCGCCGGUCACCACCAGCUUUCCGCUGCGCAAACGAGCCCCAAAACAGACCCGAGAGGAGCGGACAUCACAGAGAGUUGACACGUUGUUUUUUUUUCCUCCAAAUUUGUGGGAUAUUUUCUUUGGACAUGUAAGUUGACAGACAGGACUCCUGUCGCGUUUCUUCCACUGAAGAUGAAGUUCUCCGUCUGCGUACUCACCACUUUGCUGGUGUUUCGGACGAGCGCAGCGCAGUCAGUUUGUCAAGGCACCGAGAACAAGCUAAGCACCUUGUCGGACUUGGACCUGCAGUACCGCACCCUGAAGAAAUACUAUGAGAACUGUGAAGUUGUGAUGGGAAAUUUGGAGAUCACCAGCAUCGACCGGAAUCGAAACCUUUCCUUUUUAAAGUCAAUCCGGGAGGUGACGGGAUACGUGCUGGUGGCUCUGAACCAGUUUGACUACCUGCCGCUGGAGAAUCUGCGGAUUAUCAGAGGAACCAAACUGUACAACGGACGCUACUCUUUGGCGAUCUUCCUCAACUACAGAUGGGACGGCUCGUACGGCCUGAGACAGCUCGGCUUGCGCAACCUCACAGAGAUACUGAAUGGUGGUGUGUAUGUUGACCAGAAUAAAUCCCUGUGCCACGCCGAUACCAUCCACUGGCGUGACAUUAUCAAGAACCCCCAGGCUGAGCUCCUCGUGGUCCCAUCCAACAACAGCAACCUUGGAUGCAAACGCUGUCAUCGUUCAUGUAAUGGACGCUGCUGGGGCCACCAGGAGGACCAGUGUCAGACAUUGACAAAGACGGUGUGCGCGGAGCAAUGUGACGGUCGCUGCUUCGGGCCUUACGUCAGUGACUGCUGCCACCGUGAGUGUGCGGGCGGUUGCUCCGGCCCCAAGGACACAGACUGCUUUGCCUGCACCAAUUUCAAUGACAGUGGUGCCUGUGUGACUCAGUGCCCACAACCCUUUGUGUACAAUCCCACAUCAUUUCAACUGGAACACAACCCACGAGCCAAGUACACCUACGGAGCCUUUUGUGUGAAGAAAUGUCCACACAACUUUGUUGUGGACCACAGUUCAUGUGUGAGAGCGUGUCCCAGCAACAAGAUGGAAGUGGAGGAGAACCGCAUCAAAAUGUGCAUGCCAUGUACUGACAUCUGCCCGAAAGUUUGUGAUGGUAUUGGGACAGGCAGCUUGCAGACGGCCCAAACAGUGGACGCGAGUAACAUAGAUAAAUUUGUCAACUGCACAAAAAUCAAUGGCAACCUCAUCUUCCUCAUUACCGGCAUGAAAGGAGACAUGUACCAUGAAAUUGGACCUUUGGACCCGCAGCGUCUCAGUGUGUUCCGUACAGUCAGAGAGAUCACAGGUUACUUCAAUAUCCAGUCCUGGCCAGAGAACAUGACUGAUCUGGGUGUUUUCUCCAACCUGGUAACCAUUGGGGGACGGACUCUUUACAGUGGCAGUGGAAUAUCACUGCUCAUCUUGAGGCAGAGCUGGAUCACCUCACUGCAGUUUCAGUCUCUCACUGAGAUCAGUGCCGGGAAUGUCUACAUCUUCAACAAUACCCGUUUGUGCUUCUACAACACCGUCAACUGGACCUCACUCUUCAGAACACCGACACAGAAGCUGCUUGUAGGGCACAAUCGAGAUCCCAAGGAUUGCAUUCAGCGGCGAAUGGUGUGUGAUCGCAUGUGUUCAGACGAUGGGUGCUGGGGUCCCGGGCCAGAUCAGUGUCUCUCCUGCCGCUACUUCAGACGGGGCCGGAGAUGUGUUGAGUCUUGCAGUCUCUAUGAAGGGGAAGUGCGAGAAUUCACCAAUGGAUCCGUCUGCCUUGAGUGUGAUAGUCAGUGUGAGAAGAUGGAUGGUGGCAUGGUGACUUGUCUUGGCCAGGGUCCAGAUCAAUGCAUUAAGUGUGGUCACUUUAAGGACGGUCCAAACUGUGUGGAGAAGUGCCCCGACGGACUGCAGGGAACCAACAGCUUCAUCUUCAAAUACGCAAAGGCCAACAACGAAUGCCAUCCCUGCCAUGCCAACUGCACCCAGGGGUGCGUUGGGCCAAGACUUCAAGAUUGCGUCGGCAUGAUGGACAGGACUCCUCUAAUAGCAGCAGGCAUCAUCGGCAGUCUAUUUAUCAUGGUCAUCCUGGCCCUGAGUGUUGCCGUGUACGUCCGACGCAAGAGCAUCAAGAAGAAACGGGCCUUGCGGCGCUUUUUGGAGACGGAGCUGGUGGAGCCCCUGACACCGAGUGGAAUGGCCCCGAACCAGGCCCAGUUGCGAAUCCUGAAAGAGACAGAGCUCAAGAGGGUCAAGAUUCUGGGCUCUGGCGCUUUUGGUACAGUCUAUAAGGGUAUUUGGGUGCCAGAGGGUGAGACAGUGAAGAUUCCUGUGGCUAUAAAAAUCCUCAAUGAGACGACGGGUCCCAAAGCCAACGUGGAGUUCAUGGACGAGGCCCUGAUCAUGGCCAGCAUGGAGCACCCUCACCUGGUGCGCCUCCUGGGUGUCUGCUUGAGCCCCACCAUCCAGCUGGUAACCCAGCUCAUGCCCCAUGGCUGCCUCCUAGACUACGUGCACGAGCACAAGGACAACAUCGGUUCUCAGCUGCUACUCAACUGGUGUGUCCAGAUCGCCAAGGGUAUGAUGUACUUGGAGGAGCGAAGGCUUGUCCACAGGGACCUUGCUGCCAGGAAUGUGUUGGUGAAGUCACCCAAUCACAUCAAGAUCACAGACUUUGGCCUGGCGCGACUGCUUGACGGAGAUGAGAAAGAGUACAACUCUGAUGCGGGCAAGGUUGGUAUGCCGAUUAAGUGGAUGGCUCUGGAAUGCAUUCACUACAGGAAGUUCACCCAUCAGAGCGACGUGUGGAGUUAUGGCGUCACCAUUUGGGAACUGAUGACAUUUGGAGGGAAACCGUACGACGGCAUCACCACCAGGGAAAUCCCAGACAUCUUGGAGAAAGGGGAGCGACUCCCGCAGCCGCCCAUUUGCACUAUUGACGUAUACAUGGUGAUGGUUAAAUGCUGGAUGAUUGACGCAGACAGCAGACCCAAGUUUAAGGAGCUGGCUGCCGAGUUCUGCAGAAUGGCCCGUGAUCCCCAGCGGUACCUGGUCAUCCAAGGAGAUGACCGCAUGAAGCUGCCCAGCCCAAACGACAGCAAGUUCUUCCAGAGUCUUCUUGCUGAGGAGGACCUGAAUGACUUGAUGGAUGCUGACGAUUAUCUGGUACCUCAUGGUUGCAACGCUGCUUCUCCGUUGUACUCAAGCAGACCUUGUGUGGACUCCAACAGAAAUCAGUUUGGCUAUAGGGAUGGAGGUCCAAAUCCAGCGGAGGGUUCUGCUGGAGGCGCCCAGGCCUGUGGAACCCAGGAAGCCACAGGGAGUGACGACCAGCGAUGCAAUGGAGGGCUGCAUAAAAAGGCUUUGAGCCAAAUUGGUGAGGACAGCGGAUGUCAAAGAUACAGUGCUGACCCAACCAUCUUUCUCGGCGAGAGGGUUGCCAGAGGGGAUGCAGAAGAAGAUGGAUACAUGACUCCGAUGAAGAAUAAGAGCUCUUCAGAGUACCUAAAUCCGAUUGAGGAGAAUCCGUUUGUCACUCGGCGUAGAAACGGCGAGAUCCAUGCUUUGGACAACCCCGGAUACCACAGCACACCCAGCAGCCAGCCAAAGGGAGAGGACGAAUACAUCAACGAGCCGCUCUACCUCAACACUUUCCACAACCCCAGUGAUCUGUGCAUGGAGACCUUGAGGAGAAACGGUCUUCCCAUCUAUGCUCAGCCACCCUCUUCCAUCCCGGUCACAACCUCAGGAGCUCACCUGCCCCUCACCAUCCAAGGCAGCCUUCCAAACUACUUAAUCCCAUCCGUCCUGCCCCCUCCAUCUGCCAAGUCAUGCCACCACGGUCCGUCGACCCACGCGCUUCACACCAUCAAACCAGCAGGACAACCAAGCAACUCAACUGUUGAACCCACCAGCCAAAGCCAAACAGGGCCUUCCUCCCAAGCCCAGGUCAGCCAGACUGGCAUGUUCUCUGCUGCAAUGUCCACCGGCCGCAGCAGUUUGCCGGCAUACCAGAGCCUGACCGCCGUCCACCCCUCCAGCAUGCUGAAACAUGGGGGACAGACAUCAGGUAAAGCAACAGGGAAGAAGCUGAAGGUGACAUUUGACAAUCCUGAAUACUGGCAGCACAGCCUGCCUCCGAAGACGUCUGAAGGCACACACGGAGGAGCCAUCAGUGCCAAACUCUUCUAUAAGCAAAAUGGACACAUACGGUCAGCUGUGGCGGAAAACCCCGAAUACAUGUCAGAGUUUUCUCUCAAAUCUGGCACCGUUUUGCCUCCUCCACCCUACAGACAGCGCAACACAGUGGUGUAGAUCGCUCACGGCGGCACCAGGACACCACGCAGAGGCGUAGUUAAGAUCCUUCUCAAACAAUUUCUGAAUAAAAUCCUUGUUUUCUUGAACUGUGGAAAUGUGGUGGACAAAGCAAAACUCAACCAAGCAGACCUGUCGCCUGCACCUUUACUCUGUUAUUUCAAGUCCAUUUUAUGUAAAUAGUUCCUGCUCCAACACGUGGAAUUGGUCACAUAUACUAGCGGAAGAAGUCAUGUUGCGACGGGGGCCACAUGACAUGACAGGACACCGAAUUGUCUGAGCCAGGUGGAUGUUGGUGGUAUCAAAGAGGACAGACACUGUCGCUCCAGGGACCUGAACUCACUGCCAGCCACUGUCUGUCUCCAUGAGAAACUCAGUGUCGUAUUGGAUUUGUCGUUCAGUGAAGACAAAAGACGCUAGCAACUCAAAACAGGUCUGGUCAUGUGAACAGCAGUUUGUAGGGGACGCUAAAGACUUUACAACAGAUUCGACAGGUUAGUCGGCAUCAGGGGGAAGCAUUCGUUCUCAAUUUUAUUCACCUUGUUAUCAAUCACUUAUCUGGUUAUAUCUGCCAUACAGAUAAUAAUCCCCCAUUUUCUUUGACUUUCCAAACUGAUUUGUGUUCACAAAGUGGGCUGUAACGUCACAUAGGUAAUUAUGUUAGGCCAGCACAAUAGAACAAACUGUGAGUCCAAUAGCACCUUUAUGCUGCAAAAAAAUAUAUAAAAAUAAAUUCCCCACUGAUGAUUCUUUUGAGGUUCGGCUUUGAUGCCAACAUUUAAGUUGCCUCAUCUAAGCUCAGACGGUCCAAACUGCUUGUUGGCUCCACAGUUAUGAAGUUAUUUAUUUACAGUGUAUUUGUGUGUGGUAUUUAUGUGUAGGUAACAUAGGGUAGAAUUAUACAACCCCACUAUGCACUUUUUGGGGCUAAAAGCGUCAAUUUUUCCCCCUCAUGACUUUUUCUUUUUUUUUUUAAUGGUCACUGACUCGCUGCCAUGGAUUUAUUUGUUUUAACUGUGGUCAAGCCUCAUGACUGUUUGAGUGUCUUUAGAUCCUUUUCACUGAGAAAGUUUUUUUUGUUUUAUUUAGGCAUUCAAAAUAAAUUAGAAUAACUGGUGUCUGCGAUUAUAAUAACGUUGGAAGCGACUGGCAAAAUAUGUUUCACUGUUGUUUUUAAGUCUUGGUUGCUUUGAAUGAAGCGUCAGCAGAGUAGACUAAAGAGCCGUGAGAAAGCUACCAUACAUCUCUAGUUUCAAGAGAGCACAGAGCGAGAGAAAAUCCUUGCUGUUUGUUAUCCUUUUGCCUUCAUUGUUGGACCGUUUUUGCUGCUGCUAACUGCAGUGAAGAGCCAUGUAGCCAUUUCAGAAGUGUACUAUGAAAUCCUGCAUGAUUUUCUGAGUUAAUAUUUUACUGACCUUUUAUAUCCUGACUAAAAAACAACAACAAAAACCAGAGCGCAGAUAGGUGAAUCAAACUGUUUUAUAUGUACUGACCUCAGUAGCACAAACUGGAAACCACCCUAAUUUUGGAAUAUUUUAUAGGAACUUUGUGUGUUUGGGUGUUUGACCUUUACUAUUAGUGCUUUGAUUAUUUAUGAACAUAUUAUAACGUGUGUUUUUCUUCAUGAAACAAAAAAGAUGACUUGAACUUUCAUGAUUUUUCAUAAUAUUAUUUUUGAUUGCUGUUUAACGUGUGUGUCAUCCAAAAAAAGAAAGAAAAAAAAACAUCCUGUUGAGAUCUAAAUAGCACAUAAACACUGUUACACAUAUUUAAAUUAUCCCUACAGUCUGUACAGAAUAUCUGGAGUGCAUCUCUAAGACACUGAAAAACAAAUGUGAAUAGUAUUUUUAUAAAGCACCGAAAUGACCAACAUCGGUUUUCUGUAAAUAUGGAGGCUUCGCUGAAUAUUGGCUUUACAAAAGCAGUAUUUACUUCAAGCGUUUUGUUUUAGUACUCACAUGGCAGUCCCUCAUGAAAGUCCCAUUGGUGAUGGUGCAUGAUCGACGUGGCUGUCACACCUCCACUUGUCAUGUUUGUUUGUUUUAAUCCACAGGACAGCAUAAGCUAGAGAACAAUACCCUCAAACUCUCUGACAAAACCAGCAUACAGCGAUCGUUCUGGUUCUGUGUGACCCACCGCUUACCUUCUAGUGAAAUAAUGCUGACCUUAUUUAGACUUUUUCUUACCAAUGUUUUCAUUAGGAUUUGUUUGCAUGCUUCUGAGGGAGAAGAGUCUCGACGCCUAAUCUUUUCCCCUCCCACUGUCCUCUCAACCAGAGACUUCCCUCGAUAACCAUACACAAAGCUUUAUACCAUAUAAACACCUUUCCUCAUGUUUGUUACAUGAAUCUGUCAAAAGUAUAUUUUUAAUUUAAUAUAAAUAAAGAUUGAUUCGGUGUUUGGUGGUGGUUUUUCGUGUGUUUUUGUGACAGCUUCUUCCCUGUCUGUGUCCUCAGUUUUCAU